UUCCGUGUUAUGAUGAUUCUGGCUUCACGUUGCCACACGAGUUGUAAUGACCUUCUGCUAACUGAAGUCCGCGUUUUAUUUUAGGGUAUUAUGAUAUGACACCAAAGGAAAAAUGUUGGCCAGUAUAGUCGGACGGCAAAUGCUUGGGAAUUUUAGGGUGAGCAGCAGUCUUCUGCAGUUGUCCAGAAAGUUAACCUUUUCAGGGCAGCAAACCGUUAACUGUUCAACACUAUUGACUAGAGGUUUAUAUGGACAGUUUCCCCCAAGUCAUGUUACCAGUGCUGUUCUGGGAUCCCGGUCAUUCCACUGGUCGCCCAAGAUACUCAAGAAACAACCUCAAGGAGAAGAGAGUCCACCAAGAGAACUUGAUUUACUUCGUUAUGACAUGAAAGACCUGAAGAAUGCUCCAAAACCAGCUCUCUAUUUGGGAUUAGCUGGACUUAUACCUUUUGUAUCUGCUCCUCUGCUUAUGGCUGUCACAGAGCUGUAUUAUUCUGAUGUUGCGUUUGCUCAGGUUGCAUAUGGAGCGUCCAUUGUUUCCUUUCUUGGUGGGAUUCGCUGGGGUUUUGCCUUGCCUGCAGGAAGUCCUGAAAAACCUGACUGGCUCAAUUUGGCCAACAGCGUGGUUCCCUCUCUGAUUGCUUGGACAGCGCUUCUUUUCCAGCACGACAUUACAUCUUCUGCUAUGAUUGUGAUAAUAGGGCUCGGGAUAGCAUUGCAUUAUGACCUGUCCCUCCUGCCCACUUACCCCAGCUGGUUUAAAGCGUUGAGGGCAAUACUCACAAUUGUAGCCUUUUUGUCCUUGCUGGGCACUCUUGUCAUUAAGCAGGUUUAUCCUGAGAAGAAGUUUAUAAGUGAUUAAAUUAUUUAUUUGUGAUGUCAGUAUUGUGUUAAAAGUACAUUCAUCA